AUGGCCACCCCAGCAGCCAAGAUGGAGACGCCCCAGGCGACUCCGUCCGGCCCUGUAGGAUCGGGUCGUCCUCGGACACCCCGUCCUCCUAGGCCCAACUUCAGACAAAUUCACCAAUUUCCUUUGCCGGUCAACGUACAUCAUGUUCCUCCUGUAAUUCCUCAUAACCCUCUAUCUCUCAUAAGCGUUGCUCUCUCGUACCUCACAUUUCUUAUCAUGCCACCCCGUCAAGAGGUCUAUUCGGCUUACUUCGACAAGGCCACUUCGUCGAUUCAAGUCACGGACGAAAAGUCGAUCAAAGCCCUGUGGGAGAUGGGCUUCUUUGGCAAAGGUAGUCUCAGUCGAAGUGAGCCCAGCUGGCUGGCACGAGAGAAAAAGCGACGAGGGUUACAUGAUGGCAAGACGAGCGAAGAGAUUACAAGGGCUCGCCGGGAGGAACGUCGUGCGUUGAAGCUGGAGCGGGCUCGGAUGGAAAAGCUCGCCAUCGAGGAGACGCUGAAGGCCGAAGCUGCCGCCAGGGAAAAUGGCUCCGCCGAGGGACAAUUGCCAGAUGAUACUGCAAAUGGCACAGCUACUGCAACCGAGAAAUACUCCCUGAAGAAGGCGAAGGAAGCUAAAAUGCUGGAGGCUCGGGAGGCACGCCUGGCAGCUCACAAUGCGGACCCUGAGCAGAAGCCCGAAUCAAACGGAAAAUCCGUGCGCUUCUCACCACUUGUGCAGAAGAAGGAGUUCUCAUCCAACUCGCCUUCGUCUGAGACUGUCGCGGAGGCACUCGAUGCAGACGACUUCCCCAACGAGGAGCACCUCCAGCUUUCUAACGAAGAGGCCUUCUUCCUCGUCUACGGGCUCGGUGCUCUGCAAGUAUACGACGCACCCUCCGACUCGAAACUUCCAUCCACCUCACCUACCCCCAUCUCUGCUCUCCUUCAACAGUUCUGCCACCAUUCCUUCCAACCAGCUCGAGACGACACCGCUGCCCUUCAACCCGAUGAUCCCUUCAUGAUAUCGUAUACCGUCUACCAUCAUUUCAGAUCUUUGGGUUGGGUCAUUCGCUCGGGUGUGAAAUUUGGCACAGAUUACCUGCUCUACAACCGCGGUCCCGUUUUCUCUCACGCCGAGUUCGCAGUUGUCGUCAUUCCGUCCUACAGUCACCCAUACUGGUCUGCCACCGAGGAACGGAAGCAGUACACGGCGGAGAAACAGGCGCGAAGUUGGUGGUGGUUACAUUGCGUGAACCGAGUCCAGGCCCAAGUCAUGAAGAGCCUGUGUCUUGUCUAUGUAGAUGUGCCUCCACCUGCCGCUUCCAUUGAUGAUAUUGGAGCGUUGAUCCGCCAAUACAAAGUGCGUGAAUUUAUGAUCAAGAGAUGGACUCCAAACAGGACUCGUGAUUGA